CUGUUUCAAACGAAUCAGUUCAGUAUGGUGAACUGAUUCACACAGUUCACUGAAAAGAACCAGUUCAAAAGAACGAUUCGUUCAUGAAAUGGACAUCACUAUUCGUCCGGUGCUUGCGCCAGGGGAAAUAGGGUCUCAGCAUUCUGUUGCUCCCCUUUCUAUUGAAUUGUAUAAGGCUAUAGCUUUCCAACUUCAGCUACAGUGCUAGCUAAGUUUGGAAAGAAAGACAGACAGGAUUCGAUUUUGUUUUCCUUUUUUGAUCUGUAAAUUGGAUUCUAUAUAAAAUUAUAUAGGACUAAAAUUCUUAGUAAUAAUAAUAUUAAGGCUUCAGGAAUCAUCAUGGCAAAUUCCGAAGAGCAAAAAAGUAAAGGAUGUUGUGGAUCCUUUGUAAACUACUUUACAUCUGCCAAGUUUCUCAUGUACCUUGGACAUUCUCUCUCAACCUGGGGUGAUCGUAUGUGGCAUUUUGCAGUAUCUCUAUUUCUGGUUGAAUUGUAUGGGAACAGCUUACUGCUGACCGCAGUCUAUGGGCUAGUAGUGGCCGGCUCUGUCCUUCUGUUGGGAGCAAUUAUUGGAGACUGGGUGGACAAGAACCCAAGGUUGAAAGUGGCACAGACUUCACUGAUCGUACAGAAUGCCUCAGUCAUCGUCUGUGGUAUCCUCUUGAUGUUGGUUUUUCUGUUUAAGACACAACUUUUGAGCAUGUACCAAGGAUGGCUGCUGACUACUUGCUACAUUUUUGUCAUUAUGAUAGCAAACAUUGCUAAUCUGGGCGGCACAGCUACUGCCAUUACCAUCCAGAGGGACUGGAUUGUUGUGGUGGCGGGGGAAGACCGGAGCAAACUAGCAGACAUGAAUGCCACAGUAAGAAGAAUUGAUCAGUUGAACAAUAUUCUGGCACCAAUGGCUGUUGGGCAGAUAAUGACCUUUGGCUCGCCUGUCAUUGGCUGUGGAUUUAUAGCUGGUUGGAAUCUAGUGUCAAUGGGUGUAGAAUACUUGCUGUUGUGGAAAGUAUACCAGAAAACACCAGCACUGGCUAUGAAAUUUAUUAAGCAAGAUGAUGACCAAGAGCUGAAGCAGUUGAACAUCCAAGUUAUUGACACCUCCUCAAAUAACAAUGAGAAGCCACCAGAAGAUGCUUUUCCUAUGGGAGAUAAGGCUAUUGCUGUCAUAGAACCGCCUAAGGAGUCUAGCUGUGGAGAGAAGUUUUCAGAGCCAUUUCGCACUUUCAGGGAUGGAUGGAUUGCAUAUUACAACCAAUCUAUAUUUUGGGCCGGGAUGGGUCUUGCUUUUAUGUACAUGACCGUCCUUGGCUUUGAUUCUAUCACAACUGGAUAUGCCUACACACAAGGCCUUAGUGGUUCAGUUCUCAGUAUUCUGAUGGGAGCUUCUGCUAUUUCUGGUAUUAUGGGAACCGUGGCCUUCACCUGGCUAAGAAAGAAAUGUGGCUUGAUUCGUACAGGAUUCAUCUCAGGAAUAGCUCAACUGAGCAGCCUUAUUUUCUGCGUAGUCUCAGUCUUCAUGCCUGGAAGUCCAUUGGAUUUGACAGUUUCCCCAUUUGAUGAUAUUAGCACACGUUUCCUGGCAGGAGAACCUUUACCCACCAUGUCUCCUGAAGUGUACUUGACCACCAACAUGCAAAAUUUGACAGUUAACUCCACCUCACUAUUAAAUGAUUCUGAUGUUUCCACUUCUGUUCCUUUGAUAUCUGUCAGUUUUUUAUUUGCUGGGGUCAUCGCAGCCAAGGUUGGUCUUUGGUCGUUUGAUCUGACAAUUACGCAGCUCAUCCAAGAAAAUGUGAUUGAAUCGGAGAGAGGCAUUAUAAAUGGCGUUCAGAACUCUAUGAACUAUCUACUUGAUCUCCUGCAUUUUAUUAUGGUUAUCUUAGGUCCUAACCCAGAGGCCUUUGGUUUGCUUGUGAUUAUUUCUGUUUCCUUUGUUGCCAUUGGUCAUGUAAUGUAUUUUCGAUAUGCUUACACUCAUCUCGGAAAAAAACUCUUUGCUUGUUGUUCUCCUGAACACAAAACGGUGCCCACUGAGCCCCCACAUGGAGACUCCUCUGUUGUUUGAGUCUUACUUUUAGUUAUCAUUUAAUACUUUUAUGUUUUGCAAAAGUGUUUUGCUAGAGUUGUUACAAUGUACAAGAGUAAAACAAAAAGAGAAACCUUUGAAAAAUUUGCAAUUCAUAGAAUAGAUCAUCUGCAACCAUAAAAGCCACAGUUCUUACGAGAUCAUUGUUGCCCAUUUUAUGGAACAAUAGUUAUUCUAAUUAGAUUUUUUUCCAUUAUAUUGUUAAUCAAGUAAUGGAAAAUCAUGCUGCAUAGUCUUAAUUAUGGGUCUAUGAUCAAGGCUUGCAGAGUUCAAUUUAUUCGCAUAUAAAACAAAAAUUCUUGAACAUUGAAAAAAAGAGUGAUAUUGUUUGAUAACUAAUGUAACGGACACUAUUCUUUUCUGGAAAAAUAACAUGGGUUUAAAGCGUUCGACUGGAUCUAGACGUAGUCUUAAAGGUCAUAUGAUGCCAUUUGUUUUAAGUAGCAAUAGAUUCUGUGAUCAAGACUUGAUAAACAAUCAGAUAUUGAUAUCAGAUACCAAUUAGUGAUCCGAAAUAGUUUUAUUUAAAACAAAAAACAACAAACAAUUAGUAAUUGAGUAAGCCCAUAUAAUAAGGUUUCACAUAAAUGUAAUUCCAGUUUGUUUUGGGGUUAGUUCUCUAGGUAAGAUAAUUUUUUGUAUUAUUAAAAUAUUCAAAGCCUUAUCUAUUGUAGUGCUAAGUAUUAUGAUAGUUUCAAGUAGAAAAAAACUGUAUAAUGCAUGUACCAUGUAGAAGUGAAUGUAUUAAGCUAUAAUCAUGGCACAAAGACUGGUAAUCAUUUACCUUUAGAACAAUGAGACAUAUUUUUCAUUUCAUCGCCAAGACACAUGUUCAAAGUUGCUUGCUACAAUUUGGGACUUUAUUCCAGAUACUUGAGUUUGUGAAUUGUGCAUCAUGCACUGUAUUCCGAUUCAUUAAUAUAAAGCCAGAUAAAAUAAAGUAUUUUAACAGGAAAAGCAACAUAUGAUUAAUAGAUUUAAAAUAAAGCUUAAGAAAUAAACUGAAAACAAUUUAAACCUACACAUAUGAUCUAAUAAAAAUAUAUGCCAUAUAUAUAAAUAUAUUGUUACAUCUAUCGCGAGGUGCUAGCACCUUUAUAAAGUAACUUUUAUGACAAGCACUUGUACGUGCAGCCUCCUGGGUGAGUGAAUACACGGUGCUCACUUAUAAGCUCAGUUAUAGACAGAGGUAACAGCUAUGUACACACUGUUAAUCAGCUUUAUUUAUCUGGACUAUUUCAAAGAUUCUAGUCAUAUCUACCUGGUAAUGCUUUACAAAUUUCUGUAAUUAGUAGAUUUCAAACACGACAACAUAUUUAAAAAAAGAAAAAAGCUAAGGUCUAUUUUAUCUUGAACUGUUUGUACAGUUUUAUAUUACAGAAUGUUUAAUUUUACUUAAUGUCAGAAUAUACCCAGAACUUUAUAGGGGUGAAAAAGUCCAAUGCACAUGGAAAUAUCAGGACUACACACAAUUCUUUGAAAAUAAAAUUCUAUGCACUUUCUCUGGGUUAACUGCAGUAAUGAUUGUACAAGCACUUUUUUACUGGUAUACUUUCUAUAUAUUUGUAUGUUUUCUAUCCUGUGUGUUAUAAUACCAAAUAUUCUCAUCCUUUCUGUUUACAAUGUUUAAUAAAAAUCACAUGCCGUCA